CUAGAACUUCCAGCACUGUGUUAAACAGACAUGGCAAAAGCAGGCAUGCUGGAUUUGUUCCUGAUAUUAGAGGAAAAGUUUAUAGCCUUCUCCACUGAGGAUGAAGCUUGCUGUGGCUCUUUCAUAUGUAGCUUGUAUUAUGUUUUUUGUUUGUCUGUGGGUUGGAUUGUGUUGAGGUAGUUUCCUGCUAUUCUUAGUUCGCUGAUUGUUUUUUAUCAUGCAAGCGUGUUGAAUUUUGUCACCCCCCCUCCCGUGUCUGUGUCUCACGCACGGUGUCGGCGGUGCUGCCUCAUCUUGGUUCCUCACUACGAGGCUUUCUCAAGUCCAGGGUCCACGGUCACCAACCACAAGUUCUCCAGACCCACGUCCCUCACCGCCACCCACCCUGGGGGCAAGCCGUCUCCGCGCCCUUCCUCCUGUCCGACAGCUCCCGGGACACUCACAGACCAGGGGCACGUGCUCCGUUCUGCCUCCCGUCUGCCGUGGGGCUCCCCGACCCGUGUGAGGAGUGUAAACUUCCGUCACUGUUUGAGAACCUCCAUCACAUGGAGAGGAAAAUCUGGAGCUCCAAGUUUCUGGAAUCUCACAGAAAUUGCUCAGCUGACAUUUCAGGGAGCGAGGCAGAGCCCGGGGGAAGCCAGUGAGCACUCUGGCGUGAUUCCCAGUGCACCAGGCACUUGAAGAGGGUGCAAUUAGUCAGGAAGCUACGAGGCAAACAAAGCCCGGAAACAGCCCCCACAGAAAAGCAACGCAGGGAGGCGGCCCCUGAGGAAGCAAAAACAAGGAAGUCACAGUUGUGCUCUGCACUGUCUGGACACCUGGGCCCAGGUAUAAAGGCCGCCCAGGGGAGCCGUCUCCAGACAUCCCUGCCUCCGCCCUGACCUCACCCACCACAGCCAGCAUGUGCCACACCAGCUGCUCCUCGGGCUGCCAGCCGGCCAGCUGUGCACCCAGCCCCUGCCAGGCCACCUGUUGCGUGCCCGUGACCUGCCAGUCCUCCGUGUGUGUGCCCGUGACCUGCCAGUCCUCCCUGUGUGCACCCCUGAGCUGCCAGUCCUCCCUGUGUGCGCCCCUGAGCUGCCAGUCCUCCCUGUGUGCGCCCCUGAGCUGCCAGUCCUCCCUGUGUCCUGCCCUGUGUGUGCCUGUGACCUGCCAGUCCUCCGUGUGUGUGCCUGUGAGCUGCAGGCCCACUGUGUGCGUGGUCCCCUCCUGCCAGUCCACCGUGUGCGUGCCCGUGAGCUGCCAGCCUGCCGUGUGUGUCACCCCCUCCUGCCAGUCCUCUGGGUGCUGCCGGCCCCCCUGCCCCGCCCUGCUCUGCAGGCCCGUCCCCUGCAGCUCCCCUUCCUGCUGCUGACCACGAGUCUCCAGACCAGCUGCUCCCAGUGCCGACAGGCCACACCUGCUCCCCGCCCAGCACGAGGGCUCGGCUGGUGUCGGGUUCCACACGUGGGGCAGAUGAAAAGCGUGCUCUGCAAACCCUCUGAAAUCUAGGGCGAGAAGGUGGCAGGAUGACUCAUGCCCGCCCCCGCCUGCCCCUGG